AUGAUCAUUGCAAAAACCUGGUAUAAACUACUCAAACGACGACUAUACACUUGGAAAGCCCCGUUUGAUGAUGGCAGUAACCCUAAGUCUUCAAGGAAUCAAAUAGACUAUAUACUUGUAAAUGAACGUUUCCGAAAUGCCGUCAAAAAGUCACAUAUCCUGGGGCAGAUAUUGGAUCUGAUCAUCAACCACUUGUAGCAGAUAUUAAACUAAGGUUAAAACGAAUUCAGCGACAAAAACCAAAAACCAAUGAACUUAACUUCGACGAUAUAAACAUAAAACAUAACAUUUAAAAAGAAUUUAACAAUAGAAUAAAAAACA